AUGGCGUCUAUUCAGCUCAAGUUUACUUUGCAGGCCCCACCUAAUGUCAAGACAAUCCAUCUCGUCGGGUCUUGGGACAAUUACUCUCGACAGCACCGACUUCAUAGCGAAGGCCAAGAAGGUUUAUGGUCCGGAGAACUCCGUUCUCCUCUCUCGGUAUUGCAACCUGGUCAUCGCUACGGGUACUACUAUAUCAUGGAUGGUUACCAAAUCAGUCAUGAUGAAGCCCCAAUCAACAGAAAGCUAGAGUUCUUCGAUAUCCCGAGCGACCUGCUGAAACCUGACCCGUACAAUCUUUCCCAGAGAAGCGGGAAAUUUGCCAUUCCCCCUUGUGUUUCGUCAACUGAGAUUAAGCAUCCCCAGCCAUCCAAGCCGUUCGACCCAAACUUAAUCUACAAAGAUGACUUCGCACCUAACACGAAUCGUCUUAGCUGCGGAACUGCGGGCUCGUCUUUGUCCGAUGGAGGUGCGAGCAGCUACUCUGAGAACUCCCAUAGAUCUUCCGGUACAUCAAACUACUCGGAUUCCUCAAAUUCGACCUUGCCCCCUUUGCAAUCGCCUACCCAGCAUAAUCUGCGCCAAUGCCACUGUGACCGUUACGGAAUUACACGAACGGGCGACCGUGUCAAAUUGAAUUGUGGCGGUAGUCGCUGCGAAUACCUCGCCGUGGCCGAUGAUUCCGACUGUUCCGAGUCUGCGGCAAAUGGAGGUAGGGACAACAUUUCAAGCAAGGAUAUGCAUCGCUGGGGAGUCAUCUUUCAAUGA